UUCCAAGUAAAAAAUCUUGGGAGUAAAAAAUGGGAAGAAAUCAAAUCGGAAAAUCACCGGUCCUUGCCUGUCACUCUCUAGGCACAAUCAGCACAAAUGCUAAAUUAAUCGGAAAUUGUAGUAUAUAAGCAGACCAAAGCUGUAGCAAAAAUCCUCCCUUUCCCAGUUUCCCAUCUCUAGCUAUUCCUCCUGGUUAACGUGCAAAUGGCUCUGACGGCCAGAGAGAGGAGGCUUCCGCAGCUGCACAUCUCGCUCGACGUCCCCUCGUGCGCCUUCCGGCACCCCAACCCGCCGGCGGCGGCCUCGACGUCCGCGUCGCGAGCCAGCGGCGAGUUCCGGCUCUCGGACUUCGACAGGCUCGACAUGCUGGGGCGCGGGAACGGGGGCACGGUGUACAAGGUCGCGCACCGCCGGACGUCGGCGCUGUACGCGCUCAAGGUGCUGCACCGCGGCGACCCAGGGGCCGCGUCGGAGGUGGACGCCCUGCGGCGCGCCGACAGCUCGCCGCACGUCGUGCGGUGUCACUCCGUGCUCCCCGCGGCGUCCCCAGGCGACGUCGCGCUCCUGCUCGAGCUCGUCGACGGCGGCUCGCUGGACGCCGUCGCGGCCCGGCGCGGGGCGUUCUCGGAGGCCGCGCUCGCCGAGGUCGCCGCGCAGGCGCUGGCCGGCCUCGCGCACCUCCAAGCGCGCCGCGUCGUCCACCGCGACGUCAAGCCCGCGAACCUCCUCGUCAGCGCCGCCGGUGAGGUCAAGAUCACCGACUUCGGCAUCGCCAAGGUCCUCUCGCGCGCCGGCGACCACUGCACCGCCUACGAGGGCACCGCCGCGUACAUGAGCCCCGAGCGGUUCGACACGGAGCGACACGGACACGCCGACCCCUGCGCCGCCGACGUGUGGAGCCUGGGCGUCACCGUUCUGGAGCUCUUCAUGGGCCGGUACCCGCUACUCCCCGCGGGGCAGAAGCCCAACUGGGCGGCGCUCAUGUGCGCCAUCUGCUUCGGCGAGCUGCCGUCGCUGCCGGACGGCGCGGCGUCGCCGGAGCUCCGUGCGUUCGUCGCCGCUUGCCUGCAGAAGGACUACACCAAGCGGGCUUCUGUGGCGCAGCUUCUCGCGCACCCGUUCGUCGCCAGAAGAGACGUCGCGGCCUCCAAGGACGCGCUCCGGCGACUGGUGGCCGGAGCCUGAACUGGCAGCGCUGCUUAGGCAUUAGAUUGAUCACAAAGGCGUAGGAUUGUACAUUUGUACAGAUGUGCAUAGCUCUUUGUUACACAGUUUAGUAAUCCAAUCUACUAGGGACUAACAUGAAACAAUAGGAAGAUUAAAAAAAAAACGAGGACAAGAUUCUUCAACAAAGACAGUGCAUAAAUAAAGGGACCGAUUAAGGAUUGCUUUAA